GCUGCGAUUUUACUUUGGCUGAGAUUAUGCCUUCUACUAAAUCAGUCGCCUCUCAUCUGCCUGAUUAAGAUGUUGAAUUUAAAGCAUCCGCCGACUGGACAGAGUCUAGAGGUAAACCAAUUUUGGCUUCGGGAUCACUGCCGAUGCGGUGAAUGUUUGAAUCUGGAGACAAAUCAACGCCGCUUCGAUCUCCUGGAUUUGCCAGCCAAUGUCCACGCUUUGAGUCAAAACUAUUGCUACAAAACGGAUAAACUUGAAGUCGAGUGGAGCGAUGGUCAUUUGUCCAGCUAUGACUUUGAUUUCAUAUUCGCAUCUCAGCGGGAGCAAGUGAUAAGCCGUAGGUCAGAAUCGACAAGUUUAACGGCAUGGAAUCGUAGCAUUAUCUUGCAGAAUGAGCGUCACCUACGCUAUUCGCUCCCCCAACUGGUGACCAGUGAUGAAGAGGUGAAGUCAGUGAUAACAUCCCUCAUUCGCUAUGGCAUUGUAUUCAUCGAUGAUGUUGCCCCCAAUCCCACAAUGACAGAAUUGGCUCUGCGCCGUUUGUUUCCCCUGAUGAAAACCUUCUUUGGCGAGAUGUGGACGUUCAGUGAUAAGAAAGAUCAUGCGGAUACAGCGUAUACCAAGCUUUAUUUGGGCUCACACACAGACAAUACGUAUUUCUGUGAUGCUGCUGGCCUUCAGGCGCUCCACUGCAUCGAACAUUCGGGCGGAGAUGGCGGGGAGAACUUUUUUGUCGAUGGCUUGUAUGUGGUUCAUGAGUUACGUCGUCGCCAUCCCGCUGCCUUUGAUCUGCUCAGUCGAGUUCUGGUGCCUGGAGAGUAUAUCGAAGAGGGUGAACAUCAUUUCCAUAUGGCUCCAAUAAUACAACUUGAUCCUUUCACUGGUGAAUUGAUUCAAUUGCGACUUAAUGUAUACGAUCGUGCGGUUUUUAACACUCUACCCCAAUCGGAAAUGGCUGACUUUUAUGCUAGUCUUCGGUUGCUCUUGGAAAUUGUGCGCGAUAGCGAGCAUCAAUGGAAUCUUAAAUUACUUCCAGGCACAAUUGUGCUAUUCGACAAUUGGCGAGUGCUCCAUGGGCGUGAGGCCUACACAGGUCGUCGCACUAUGACCGGAGCUUAUGUGCAGCGUACAGAUUUUCUCAGCAAAGCUCGUGUCCUGGGUAUCAUUGAGUAGAUCCAUGACCUGACCUCCACCUCCACCUCCUACUCUUCCGAUUGCAAAUAAAAUGUUACGAUUACAA